CUGAUUUUAGGUAUUUCAAACUCUACUGACUCAUCGAUCACUUCAGUUACUGUUGGUGAUUCAGUGGAAGUCGAAAAAACAUCGCCCACUCUCAACAAAUUCCCCACGAUUUUCAACGAUGUUCUUUGGAUUUUUCCAGAGCGUUUCCUCCUUUCGCUUCAGAUCGAUCCGUCGACGUUCAUCGCACUUUUGCUGGUACUUACCAUGCUGAGUCCGUUAUGCACGAUAUGUGUGUACUGCAUGUAUCGAAAGCGACAAAGCGCCAAAAAGAGAAAGAUGCCGCGCUUUGGGCCGUGGACGCUGUCACAUUCAAGGCAUUCCAUUCUGGAGACGAAUAUUCUCUACCGCCAGCCUAUUGAGUUCCGAACUCCGCAGACGGAAGAGGAAUGGCUCAUUCCUAGUGAUGAUGUCAGCGUUGGCGGUGUAAUAGGAGAGGGUGCAUUCGGUCUGGUCUGUAAAGGCACAAUGAGCGGUCCAAAAGGGAUGGCGGUUCGGGUGGCGAUCAAACAGUUGAAGACGAAUGCUAUCGAUGAAGAGCGCGAGGAAUUUUUACGCGAAAUGGACAUCAUGAAACAGGUUGGUCGUCACCCAAAUAUCGUGGCGAUGUAUGGGCUCUGUGAAGAGCCGGACUUUCAAUGUAUGGUGAUGGAAUAUGUACCCUUCGGCGAUCUCAAGCAUUACUUGCAGAACCUACGAAAGCAGGUGAGUUCCACGCUCACUCAAGUUUUUGAUUGA